UGGUGGAUGCUAUAUCCAUUGGCAGUGCCAAGCUCCGUACUAGCCGAUGUACCCGACGGGAUCGAUGACAGGAUAGGGACGGAACACGACCGGUCGGCGAAUUUAGUAAGAAUCGAUUCAGCCACUGUACCAUCAUUUCCAUGCAUCACAUCCACGUGUACCUGACAGCUACACAGCUUUUCAAUUCCGAUAGGUAGAGAGCUAGUUGGAUCCAGGCACCGAGAGGAAAUACCGCAUUUCCGACCGUGGAUAAGCACAGGGUAUCUAUCCAUGGCUGACGGGGUGGUUGCUUACGUCUGCGGAAGAAGAAGGAAGGGAAAUGUUAACGGUCGGUAUCCAAGGAUCGAAGGGGUGGCGAGAGACAGAUCCUUUCAUGAACUGCAGUGGACAAUGAGGGAUUUCAUUGAAUGUGGUGGAUGGGAUUGGAUAGAUUGGAUGGGUGGUGAAAGACCGAUGAUGAAUCUGAAUGCAAUUGAUGGUGUCUGUCUUUUUUCUUACCCGGCUGAACCACGGAACGAUGUCAGCCCAGGCAAACGGCUAGAGAAUUUAUCCCCUUUCACCGAUGUAUGUGUUUGUCUGGCUCUGAAGCUCUGCAAGUGUCACUGGCGUUUGUACCAAAGACAGCCCGGCAAUGGCACGAUACUAAUCCCUCUUCACGAAAAGCCUAAGGGGAAUUUAGGGAAAAAAGCCGCCCCGCGACUCCAUCGCAGGCACGGCACAUCCGUGGUUCUAGACUCGAUGCUUUCGCGACGGGAAUCUCCACGACAAGCAUCCAGAUUUCCCAGGGCGAGAAAGUCUAGCUAGGUGGUAGCUAAGCCGUGGCAGCUACAGCGGCAAUGGAAACCGUGAUCCAAUCUCCGGAAGAUGAUGGAAGGCCGCAAGUGAAACGUUAGCGAGCGCCAUCCUGGAUGGGGUGGGGCGGCCAGUUGCCAAGUUUUGGUGGUUAAUCGCUGUUAAGUCGGCCUAGCGACCCUGCACUACCCCUGGGAGUGGUGCAGGUAAGAUUGUGUGGGCAACGAGUGGCCUUUCAACCCCCAAAUUUGCG